AUGGCUCUCAUUCCUGAAUAUGCAUUGAGACUGUCUUAUGACAAGUUCUCCAAAGGCAGAGCCUUAGACAGCAAUUCCUAUGCAAGUGGUUUAGUGAGGAGUGAUGUCCAGGGAAAACUUACAAGGAUAAGAGAGAAGCAGGAGAAGCCAGAUAAAGCUGUGGGCUCUGCUGAAGGGUGGCUUCAUUCUGAUCCAACAGGCAGCACUGAAGCCUGGAAUGAUACUUCAGAGGUGUCCUACCCCACAGCAACAGGCUCGGUAGACUGUUGCAUCACAUCUGCUAGCAUUGUGGUUCUGGAAUUCAGUGGAGGACAUCCAAACCUGUUAGAAGGUAUUAAAGAAACUGUGGCCUCAGAGAAGCUGGAAAUUAAGAAUGUUGUCAAUUCCCUACUCGUGGUAGAGAUGGAAUCCAAAACUCUCCACAGGGGAAGAUUUGAAGAACUGAAAACAAAGAAUAGGAGGGAGGAAACUCUGACAUGUGGGGGAAAUAUGGUCAGGUCUGUUCUGAAAAUCUUGCAUUCAACACUUGAACACUCUCACACUAGAAAUGUGCCAGAAGUUAUUGGAGAUUCGUUUUUGGUAGUAGCAGAAAUUGGAGAGUUACACAAGCCUCCAGAAGCUCUGAAUCUGUGGAAGACAGUUGCUGCCUGCACCACGAGGAUGGGCAAUCACACCACAGUGAGCACAUUCCAUGGCAAUCACACCACAGUGAGCACAUUCCAUGGCAAUCACACCACAGUGAGCACAUUCCUUGGCAAUCACACCACAGUGAGCACAUUCCUCUGAGGGUUUUCCAGUUUCCUAGACUUGCAGGGUCUUCUCUUUGUGAUGAUUUUCUUCUCCCAUGUGACCAUCCUAGCUGCAAAUGUUUCCAUAAUGGCGGCCAUCAGACUCAGUCACAGCCUUCACACCCCCAUGUACUUUUUCCUCUGUGGCCUAUCCUUUUCAGAAGCCUGUCCCACUAUGGCAAUCAUCCCCUGCAUGUUAGUGGACUUGCUCUCUGACACCAAGACCAUUUCUCUUCCUGAGUGUGCCACACAGAUGUUUUUCUUCUUUGGUUUAGCAGCCAAUAACUGCUUCAUCGUGGCUGCCAUGUCCUGUGACCGUUAUACUGCCAUUCACGACCCACUGCACUGCCCCAUCUUGAUGACCCAUAAGAUCUGCUUUCAGUUCAUCAUGGCCUCUUGGAUGGUUGGGUUCCUGGUUUCCCUGUGCAUCGUCAUCACUGUGUUCAACUUGUCUUUCUUUGACUCCAACAUCAUCCGGCACUUCUUCUGUGACAUCUCAGCUGUGGUCUGCCUUGCCUGUGACUACACCUCCCGUCAGGAAAGGGCUGUUUUUGUGCUCUCUGCCUUUGUGUUGGUGGGCAGCUUUGUCUUCAUCACGAUGUCCCGUGUCUUCCUUGUGUCCACAGUUGUGAAGAUGCCCUCUGCCCAGGGGAGGGAUAAGGCGUGCUCCUCCCACCUCACUGUGGUGUGCAUACAGUACGGAUUUGCUGGCUUUGUCUACCCGAGGCGGGACAGGGACUCGUUGCGUGAGGACAUGCCGAUGGCUGUCACAUAUGCAGUGCUGACACCUCUGCUGAACCCCAUCGUGUACAGUCUCAGAAACAAAGAGAUGCAGAUGGCCCUGAGGAAGGUACUAGGCAAGACAGAUAGGCUCAUCCCUCAGAUGGUGAAUAAGAGGACACUGGACAUUUAA